AGGCGAGAAGAGAAUCCGGCAGAUCAGGGCAAGAAGUUGGAGGGAAUGAGGCUGAAGGGAUGGGCAUUGUGCGCGACAACUCUGGCGGGGAGCCGACUGCUUCGGAGAAGAAGCGGGAACGACAAAAGACGGUGCGAGAAGAGGUGGCGGAACAAACCCGAGGCAUGAAGAGGAUGAAAGGACACUCGGAGCCGAUGGUUGGCGGGGAUGAAGGUGACGUCGGAGAACGUGCCUGGGGAAAGAGGACGCCAGGCAUGCGUGGCGGACAAGAACAAGGAGUCGAAAAGAGGCAGUCGAAGCAAGAGGGUGCAACAACAAGUAAGAAAACGAAGAGGCCCGCCGGUUUGACCAUCCGCGAAGGACAAGCUAUGGGUGAAGGAGAUUCGUCUCGUCUAGGCAUUGCCUCCACGAGAGAACCUUCAGAGAAAUCGAAAAGGAAAUUGGCAGCUGAAAAAGGGGAUGGCCAGAAGAAACCUCGGAGGAGGAAGACUAUUGAGGGGACGAGUGGUGGCGAAAGGGCGGUCGGUAGGCAGUACGACGAAGCGGCAACGUUUUGGCUCGAAUACGAGCGGAACGAUGACGGUGAGAUCAUGGAGAAGGAGCUCCCCAUUCAACUGCUCAUCGACCCUAGGAAGGUCUGCGACAUCCCGCCGUGGGAAAGAUAUUACAAUCACCGCAAUCUCACUCGCGAUGGUGUGGAGGACAUCAAGGGUAUGAUGGUAAGGCAGUUCCACGAGGAAAAGGGUAAGAUCUGGACGAAAAACCCUUCGGUUCUGGCACCCAUCUACAAGCCGGUGACGCAUAAGCCGGAGAGAGCUGAGAGGGUUCACAAGAAUGUCUUCAAGCCAGAGGACAAGGACAAGUACUUCUAUUACCCUGUCAACGGACAACACACCGUGGCUGCUGUGAAGGACUUGGCCGGCUAGCCAAUAUUCGAAUUGUGGAAGAUGCACUCGUGGCCGACGAGAGUCGUGUGGUUCUCCAACGAAGACUUUGGGGGGUAUUUGCAGGUUAG